AUGGAAGGGGUUCCAUGGCUGGUAGGAGGAGACUUCAACACCAUUCUUCACCCAUCGGAAAGAGAAGGGAGUGAGACGAACAGACAACGAGAGAUGAUUGAUCUGGCAGAGACCAUUGAGGAUUGUAGGCUUACUGACCCUGGAUUCGACGGUCCGAGGUUCACCUGGGCUAAGAAUAAUCUAUUUGAACGACUGGAUCGCAUGUUGGUAGGAGAAACCUGGUCUACCUACUUUGCAAUAUCUCGAGUCACCCAUCUUCCCAGAAUCUGCUCGGAUCGCGGGCCGAUCCUCAUGAGAUGCAAACUUUCCGAUGAGCCUCGACGUUGGGGGAGCCACUUCCGCUUCCAGAAUAUGUGGAUCAGACACCAGGGCUUCCAACAACUCGUCCGGGAAUCUUGGAGUGAAGAGACAGAGGCUUCGGGACUUCUUCAACUAGUGACUAAAUUGAAACGACUUAAAGCCGUUCUCAAGAGGUGGAACAGAGAAUCAUUUGGGAAACUGUUUUCCAAUCUCCAAAGGGGAGAAGAAGGCAUCGCGGAGGCUCAAGCGAAGUUCGAAGAAGAUCCCUCUGGCUAUAACCGAGCUCAACUAAUAGGCUGA